UUUCUCAAGUCUUCUCCAAUUGCCAGGUGAGAAAAUCACAGUGAAAAAGGAGAAAGAGAAAAAUGGCAGGAACGGAGGAAUUUGUGGAAGCAGAUAAUGCAGAGGCCAUAAUCAACAGAAUCGAACAAAAGUCUCGAAAGAUCGAGAGCUUACUCAAACAGUACAAGACAGUGGAAGCUCUAAAAACUGCUCUUGAAGGAUCGCCUCUCAACACCAAAGACGAGCGCUGCAAGUCUGCAAAUUGGAUAAUGGUGCAUAGAGCUAUCAUGGCUAUAAAAGAUGUGGAUGCAAUGUUUUCUUCUUUGGAUCCCGAGUACUACGACAUUCUUAUGAAGUACUUGUAUAGAGGAUUGUCUACUGGAGACCGGCCUACAUGCGACCAGUGCCUUCGGAUUCAUGAAAAACUAACAGAGAAAGCUGGUUUGGGAUGCAUAUUGCGGUGCCUUGCAGACACUGUGAAUACGGUUUGAUCUCAAGACAAUGUUGAUAUCCUCACUUAGCAAACUACUGCAUGCAGCGUCCUUUCGGUGAUUAUUGAAACUUAACAGAAAUUCUACUCCAGAUCUUUUGAAUGUUGGUUUUAUUUCUCUGUUUAAGAUAGUUCUGCGACACUCAAAUCCUCAAUAUAUUUGUCCUUGUAGGCAUACUUGAUUCCUGA